AUGUUUCAUUUGCCCAUUACAACAGAAGAAGUGGCUGAAGAAGAGGAACAUGAAGAAAAUGAAGAAGAAAUAGAAGAUGAACAAGGUGAUGAAGAAGAAGUGGAGGACACAGAAGAAACAGAUACAAGAGAUGGAGGAAGACCCAAGCCAAAACUCUUUAUGACCAACCUUGUACCACCUAAAAUUCCAGAUGGAGACAGAGUUGACUUUGAUGACAUCCACCGGAAACGGAUGGAGAAGGAUCUUCUGGAGUUACAGACCUUAAUUGAGGUGCAUUUUGAGAACAGAAAGAAAGAAGAGGAGGAAAUCAUUGCUUUGAAAGAAAGAAUUGAGAACCGCCGAGCAGAAAGAGCAGAACAGCAUAGGAUUCAGGCUGAGAAAGAAAAGGAGCGACAAUCCAGGAUUGCAGAGGAAAGAGCCAGGAAAGAAGAGGAAGAAUCAAGAAGGAGAGCAGAAGAAGAUGCAAAAAAGAAAAAGACUAUGUCAAAUAUGUCCAUGCACUUUGGAGGUUACAUGCAAAAGAUUGAAAGUCGCCGAGGAGGGAAAAGACAAACGGAGAGAGAAAAGAAGAAGAAAAUCCUGGCAGAAAGACGCAAAUCUUUAGAUAUUGAUGACCUGAAUGAAGAUGAACUGAAGGAGAAAGGCAGGGAGCUGUGGAAGUGGCUGUACCAACUGGAAGCAGAAAAAUUUGACUUACAGGAGAAAAUGAAACAACAGAAAUAUGAGAUUAAUGUACUUCGAAACCGAGUCAAUGAUCAUCAGAAGGUCUCAAAGCGUGGCAAGGGGAAAGUUUCAGGUCGUUGGAAAUGAGGGAAAUAUGGAAUCACGUCUGAUAUUUGGCAGAAGCAUUUGUCAAAUGAUCCCAUAAUCUCAAUUGCAACUGUUCUACUACUCUCAUUCAACUCCUAUCACGUCCUGUCUAAUUCUUCUCCUUUAGUUUCUUUGAAAGAACAUUCUAAUUUGACUAUUGUAGUUAUCAUGUCAUUCAAUGUUUUAGUAUCUAUGAUGACAAAACCCUUGUUAUAUUUUAAGUAUUUCAUUUUUU